AUGGAAAACCAAAACAAUGUCACAGAAUUUGUUUUCAUAGGGUUGUGGGGAAAUAAGAAAAUAGAGCUACUGUUCUUUUCCUUGUUCCUGCUCUGUUACCUGGCUGUCUUGAUGGGGAAUGCCAUCGUCUUACUCACCAUCACCUGCAGCCAUCUAAAGCAGCAACCAAUGUACUACUUUCUCUGCCACCUCUCCCUCAUGGAUGUCAGCUACACCUCCACGGUGGUCCCCAGGCUAAUCAGGGACUUAGCUGCAGCAAGAAAAAACAUUUCCUAUAGCAACUGUAUGACCCAGCUCUUCACUGCCCACUUGCUGGCAGGUGUGGAACUAUUCAUCUUGGUGUCCAUGGCUUUUGACCGCUACGUCGCCAUCGUCAAGCCCCUGCACUACAUGGUCAUCAUGAACAGACAGAGGUGUGACACGCUGAUCGUCCUGGCCUGGGUCGUCGGCUUUUGGCAUUCUAUUGCUUUACUUCUCAUGGUACUCAGGUUACCUUUCUGCGGUCCUAAUCAGAUAGAUCACUACCUGUGUGAUGUGAAGCCUCUCUUGAAACUGGUGUGCAAAGAUAUUCAUGUUGUGAGUAUCUUAGUGAUUGCAAAUUCAGGAAUGGUGGUGCUUGUCAUAUUUCUUGUUCUAGUAGCUUCUUACAUAGUCAUACUAUAUAACCUUAGAACACAUUCUUCUGCAGGGCGAAGAAAAGCUCUCUCAACCUGUGGUUCUCACAUAACAGUUGUAGUGUUAUUCUUCGUGCCCUGUAUCUAUACUUACGUUCUGCCUGCAGAGAGCAAGAACAAGGACAAGGACAUCUCGGUGUUUUACACUGUGAUCGGCCCCGUGCUGAACCCUCUCAUCUACACCCUGAGGAACAUGGAGAUGAAAAUCGCCAUGAGGAAGGUAUGGUCUAAAGUGACGCACUCAGAUUUGAAGUGA